AUGAGCCAAAUUACGUCGGUAUCUGAGUGCAAGAGUGUUGAGGAUGAAGUUCUUGUUGUCAUGACGGUGUGCAACGAAAAAGAGGGGCCCUCUAUGGGGGAAACUUGUAAGCCUGGAAAGAAUGAUGCUGAUGGAUGCCCGCAGCAUUUACCACAAAAUGGAUGGAAGGACACAUGGGCGUUAUUUGCAUUUCUGCUUACCGUUGGGAUGACUGUGGGGUGGGGCAUGACGCUUCCCAUUGAAGAUGAGAUAUCCCAGAUUCUCCAAGGGAUCCCCAAUUUAUUGGAUCGCCACGGACUCGGUGGCGUGAAAGCAGCAGAACUCUACUUUGGCGUUGGCGUGGGGAUUCCCUGCGCCGGGAUCAGUGCGAUGUUAUCCCUUCUGCUCUUACAGGCCCUGCCGUCUGCCGCCAUUGUACUCAGCACUUUUCUUUUUUCAGCGGUGUUGCUCAUUUCAUCGGCCGUGGCUUUCUAUAAAUCGAUUACCCCAACAGGCGUCACACUGGCGGUUCUGGGGUUGCUAUACCCCUGUUGGCUGUACUUUGUACGAAGUCGCAUUGCAUUCUCUGCCAAUCUUCUCGCCACUGCGUCGUUUUUAACACAACAGAUUCCACUCUUGUUUCUUAUUCCCGCCAUGCUGACGCUUCCCUUCCUUGGGUACAUGAUUUGGAGUCUGCUGGUUUUACACGCCACCGUAAAACGUGGACAAUACAACGAUUGUUUGUGGGCAAAUUACAUUUUUGGAUUGACGUCGAUAUUUUCCAUUUUUUGGGCCGCAAAUGUUGUUUUAGGCCUCUCACAUGUCACGACGGCGGGAGUUGUGGCGAAGUGGUACUUUGCCGGCAGUGAGAACAUGCCAGCUCAUCCAACUUGGGCAUCAUUUCAACGAGCCAUAACAACAAGUUUUGGCUCCGUCUGUCUCGGGUCUUUGUUGAGCACAUUGGUUGGUGCUUUUGGUUGGGUCUGUGGCCUCGGCAUUCAUUCCGGCAAUGAGUUCAUUGACUGCAGCAUAGCCUGCAUUCAGGAUCUCUUUGUGGAUUUCGUCAACUACUGUAAUUCUUACGCCUACGUGCAGGUUGCCAUGCAUGGUCGCGGGUACAUGACCUCUGCCAGACGUGUAUGGCGUCUCUGUCAGAAUUGCGGGUGCUCCGCAGUCUUCAAUGACGCUCUUGUGCUAACCACACUGCGUGUGAUGACUGUUUCUAUCCCCAUUCUCGCUGGCGUGGGCGUGGCCCUCUUCUCGUUUUCCGCGACUAUUGGGUCCAUUGCGUGUGUCUUGACUGUGAUUCCCCUCACGUGUAUUUUAAGUGUUGUCUCGGCCGUCGUGCGCAGCAUAUUUGUCUGCUUUGCGGAAUUACCAGAAGGGCUUGAGGCGUCCUUCCCAGAACUACACGCAGCAUUAAUGGCUACCGAUUACGGGUUUGCCUCUAUCCACAACCAAGAGAAGGAUGACACCCCAGUUUGA